CUUCAGCUUCGGUCUAGUAUUCGUAUUGUUACUCGGGCCAGAUGUGUUGCAAGUGCAAUGUCGGCCUAUGCCAUCAGUCACCCUCCCAUCAUUGUGGUCGUGAGUCUUUGUACUUGUGCAACAUAUGGCUAAGGAGCUCUUCCUUUUCCAUUUUUGAUUGACCCGUUUGCGCCAUCCUCGUGUCUUCUGUUUUUCGUGUAUCCGCUGUAGCCACUUUCAGGGCCCAUGACCUCUGCCAUUAUGUCGUCGUCCCACAUAAACUCCGGCCACGAUCAUCACCACGCCAUUGCCGACAAAGACGGCCCAACGACCACAACCGCCGGCUCUUCUUCCUCAACCGCGAAUAAGAUCACAACGACCUCAACCACCCCCAUAAACCCCACAACCCGCCUUCUCCUCCCCUACGUGCGCCAGGCACUACAACUUCUUCUAGAAACUAGGCACCCGAAUCCGUUGCUCUUUCUCCACCUGUAUUUCAAACUCACCUCGGUCAUCAACGGCGGGGGGAUUUGCGAAGCCUACAGAUGUUUCGCCUUUCGAAAGCUGUACGCGGAGGGAUCAGAUUGUUUUGGCGGUGGUAGGACCUCCACGGGGUCAGCAUCGUCAGCAGCCCAGCUCCCUUCAUCGUCCUCUUCCUCCGACCUGUUCCUACAAACCGCCGAUCCUCAGCAGGGAGGAAUAACGAGCAGAACCACAACCAAAUUAGAUGAGCUGAUUUACGACGCGUAUGUCCGGCUCUGCUCCACCUCCACAGCGAUGCUACAUUCUGUGAUGCACAUCAGCGGGACAAACACUAGUAAUCCAAACCAGGAGCAACUCCAAAUGCUACAGAACGUGGAGCCCGAGAAAUUGGACGUGAAAUUGCUGAUAAAUCUAUUACUAGACAACGUCCCCGCGACGUUGAAGCCGAAACAGCAGUUGCUGCAGAAAUUGCAGAACACGGAGGUGACGAUCCCGUUCAGAUUAUUUGCGGAUCUACUCCACAGUGUAUUCGAGUUGCUGAAAUUUCACCACGAAGCGACGAGAUUGUGGGGGCUGGGAGUGGUCAAUGGCCGCGGUGGAAAGAACGAAGUCGAUGGUGCGAUGAACGUUGAAGGUGAUGAGAAACAAGACGCUGGUGGAGCUGCAGCGGCAGCAGGUGGCGCUCCGGAAAAGCGACUUGUGGAAGACGUAUAGUCAAGUUUUCUGUGUAGUUGCAAAGACAAAGUAGACAAAUAACUGCUGCUGCAUGUCAAACUAAAAAAAAAAGCGCAUGACAAAUCGCAUUUGGUUUCAAAAAUCAUCCCAGAUCCUCGCCGCCGAGCCCGGAUUCCCGUCUUCCGUCACUUCGCCAACCCAAGCAGCCAAAAGACCUGAGGCAGACGAAGCCCCCGAGCAGUCGCAGGACGAGCAAACAGAACAACAAGGUCGUGAACCAAUGCCAGCAAUACAAACUUCCACCACGACCAGGCUCCCUUCCAAAACUGCAGUUAGAAUCUGCACGCAAAAGCUUUUCGACUCCGAGCAGAAUUACUACGAUAUUGAAAUGAAAAAGCGGCAGAAGACUUCCUUCGUCGGCUCGAUUAUGAUUACGAAGACGAAUAUCGAUUACCGGAAUUUGGAGGAAUUGGUUGUGCCGGUGAAGGGGUUAGUUUGUUUUGGGGAUUUCUGUGGAAUCCUAUGGGAGGCUUGUGUGUUGGAAAGUCAAGUGCAACAGACACAGACAACGUGAAGUAGAUAUAGUGUACCUGCGCACAAGUUAUCAAGUCAUAGUCAACCUCAACGUGUACUUCUUCAGUCCAUCAAUUUCGUCGUGCGCAGCUGGGUCGUGAAGACGUUGAAUGUACCAGUGACAGUUCUUGAGUCUCGUCCAUUCCUUCGCCACGUUUAUAGUGCGAGUCGUACUUGCACUUGCUUUUCAUGUGCGCUCGCUAGACAGGAUGAAAUAAACUUCGUCUGAUGUAAGACCACGACAGCACUGGCCAUCGCUUUCGCUUGUUCGAUUUCGAAUCAAACUAUCGACGUGUUGUCGAAAGAUGUUGAGAG